AUGGAUUAUUUUAAGUGGGAUUGUUCUCAAGUCUCUGCGAUUCAGAAACGAUAUUAUGAGCUCAUACAGACGGGGUCUCCCAAGCCAUCUGCUGUUCAUCCUGUUUUGGCUGCUCUUCUGGAUACUUUCUUGGCAGCAUCUGGAGCCCCUGAUUCUCUGCCUCCUACACCUGAACAUGCUGUCAAUUUAGAAAAAUACAUUGCAGAAGAGUUUGCAAAACUGCACCAGUUUCUCCAUGACAAGGAACAAAAACUCAUUCAACAACUUAACAGCAAAGCGUCCAAAAUUCUGAAAGAGAUAGAAGAAAAAUUUGAAUGCAUUAAAACUGGUGUCACAGAAAUCCACUCAGCAGUGUCUGAUAUUAACUUUGGAUUCAAAACAGAAGUAGACAUUCUGGAAGAGAGAAAUGACACAGACAAUCUGACAACCACUGAGGAAUCAGUGCUGGGUGACACCUCAGAACAUGGAAAUCACAAAACGAAUGGAGUUCUAUCAGAACAUGCUGUCAAUUUAGAAAAAUACAUUGCAGAAGAGUUUGCAAAACUGCACCAGUUCCUUCAUGACAAGGAACAAAAACUCAUUCAACAACUUAACAGUAAAGCGUCCGAAAUUCUGAAAGAGAUAGAAGAAAAAUUUGAAUGCAUUAAAACUGGUGUCACAGAAAUCCACUCAGCAGUGUCUGAUAUUAACUUGGAAUUCAAAAAAGAAGUAGACAUUCUGGAAGAGAGAAAUGACACAGACAAUCUGACAACCACUGAGGAAUCAGUGCUGGGUGACACCUCAGAACAUGGAAAUCACAAAACGAAUGGAGUUCUAUCAGCUCCAGAAUCCUUUGAGGAUGUUGCUGUUACUUUCUCAGCAGUGGAGAUGAAGAUGUUAACAAAACAAGACAAGGAGCUUCAUAAGGAAGUGAUGUUAGAGAACUAUGAAACCUUAGUUUCAGCAGGUUACAAGAUCCCCCCAGAGGCAUUGUUAGUGCUACUUAAAGAAGAUAACGCUGAACUGCAAGUGAAUGACGAGGGGGUAAACAGAACAGAACAAAAGAAUAAGAAUAAUUUUGAAGAAAAGCCUGACAGCAAUGGGAGCAGAGAAUGGAGCAUUUCCUGGAGUCAGCCGCCAUCACUAGGAGUAUCUGUUUCACAUUAUCCUACAGCGAACCUGCAGCACUCUGUUCAAACUCUGAAGGGCUCUGACAAGCAUCCUGUUAUACCUGUAGCACAGCUUCAUCCAGGAUACACCUGCAACAUGAACUCUGAAUGUGACCCAAGUUCUAUAGUACAGCAAAGUCCAUUAGUACACCAGAGAGCUAACAAAGAAAAGAAACCAUAUAAAUGUCCUGAAUGCAAUAAGUGUUUCAGAAGAAGGGGGAUUCUAGUAAUACAUGAAAGGACUCACAUGGUAGAGAAACCAUAUAAAUGUGCUGAAUGUAGUAAGGGUUUCAGACAAAGGGGGGAUCUAGUAAUACAUGAAAGGAUUCACACAGGAGUGAGACCAUAUAAAUGUCCUGAAUGCAGCAAGUGUUUCAAACAAUGCAGUCAUCUAACAGUGCACAAAAGGAGUCACUUUGAGAGAGCAUAUAAAUGUCCUGAAUGCAGCAAGGGUUUCAGAGACAGAAGAGAUCUAGUAAUCCAUGAAAGGAUUCACACGGGGGAGAGACCAUAUAAAUGUGUUGAAUGCAGUAAGGAAUUCACAGUAGCUGGUAGCCUUAGAACUCAUCUGUCAGUUCACAGUGGGGAGAGACCAUAUAAAUGUCCUGAAUGCAGUAAGUGUUUUAGACAAAGGGGGUACUUAGUAAAACAUGAAAGGGUUCACAUGCUGGAGAAACCAUAUAAAUGUCCUGAAUGCAAUAAGGGGUUCACAACAGCUGGAAACCUUAGAAGUCAUCUGUCAGUUCACAGUGGUGAGAAACCAUAUAAAUGUCCUGAAUGCAGUAAGUGUUUCAGACUAAGGGGGGAUCUAGUAAAACAUGAAAGGACUCACAUGCGCAAGGGGGAGAAACCAUAUAAAUGUGUUGAAUGCAGUAAUCAUCUGCCAGUUCACAGUGGGGAGAAACCAUAUAAAUGUGUUGAAUGCAGUACGUGUUUCAGACUAAGGAGAGAUCUAGUAAUACAUGAAAGGAUUCACAUGGGCAAGGGGGAGAAACCAUAUAAAUGUGUUGAAUGCAGUAAGGGAUUCACAACAGCUAGUCACCUUAAGACUCAUCUGUCAGUUCACAGUGGGGAGAAACCAUAUAACUGUCCUGAAUGCAGUAAGUGUUUCAGACAAAGGGGGCAGUUAGUAGUACAUGAAAGGAUUCACAUGGGCAAGGGGGAGAAACCAUAUAAAUGUCCUGAAUGCAAUAAGGGGUUCACAGCAUCUGGAAGCCUUAGAACUCAUCUGUCACUUCACAGUGGGGAGAAACCAUAUAAAUGUCCUGAAUGCAGUAAGUGUUUCAGACUAAGGAGGGAUCUAGUAAUACAUGAAAGGACUCAUAUGGGGGAGAGACCAUAUAAAUGUCCUGAAUGCAGUAAGGGAUUCACAACAGCUAAAAACCUUAGCAAUCAUCUGUCAGUUCACAGUGGGGAGAAACCAUGUAAAUGUCCUGAAUGCAGUAAGUGUUUCAGACAAAGUAGUACUCUAGUAAAACAUGAAAGGACUCACACAGAUGAAAAGUCAGCAAGCAAAGGAGAGUAGUAAUGCUGAAAAUGAAUUCCUCCUCAAGACUUGGUGAGUACCUUCACGAAAUAGACCCUGUUUUUCACAAAAUCUCAUAACGCGACACUGAUAUA